CUGAUGCUGACGAGGCAGUGAAGAGUCUCUCCAGAUCAGAACACCAGAUGGACAACGGUUGCCCUUCCACCCUCCCGGGGUCCAUGUGUCGUGCCUCUCCUGGUAGCACCUUACUGCUGGGUAUGAAGAGGUUGUCUGUGCUGCUGGUGGACUGCAGGAAAACAACGGGGCUGAGUGGAACUGUGAAAGGAGGAGAAGAGAAGAAAGGAUCAGAUUUGACUCAUCAAAAAGAGAGACCCGACUCGGAGGAACCAGAGACGUCUGAACCAGCGAGACGACACCACUGUUCCCAGUGUGGAAAGAGUUAUACCCGUUUAUGGAGCCUGAAAAACCACAAGAGAACACAUGCAGAGAGGAAGUCUUACAACUGUUCCCAGUGUGCAAAGAGUUUUAACCAUUUAGGGAAUCUUAAAAACCACAAGAGAACACAUGCAGAGAGGAAGUCUUACAACUGCUCUCAGUGUGCAAAGAGUUUUACUCAUUUAUGUAACCUAAAAUCGCACGAGAGACGACACACAGGAGAUAAGCCUUACCAAUGCUCUCAGUGUGGUAAGAGAUUUAUUGAGUCAACAGAACUGAAAGUUCAUAAGAGAAUACACACAGGGGAAAAACCAUUCCAAUGCUCUCAGUGUGUAAAGACAUUUUCCCGACCAGGGGACCUGAAAUCUCAUGAGAGAAUACACACAGGGAAAAGCCGUACCACUGUUCCCAUUGUGAAAAGAGUUUCGGCUGGUCAGGGACACUGAAAGAGCA